CUUUUAUUGUUUUGGUUUCGGUGCACAGUAACCUGUGAUCCAGAUCAGGAACAAAGUCCAGCAAAAACACUUGCUUCGGAGCUCCAUUAUUCCAGAAGAGAUGAUCUCCCAAGUCAGACUGAGGCUGCUGCCGAGCACCAGAUGCCUGUUUGAUGAGCCUAUUCAGGUGAAGGUGGCCGGGCUGGAGUCCAAACAGGUGGUCACCAUGAGAGCCAGAUCCACUGACGAGAAGGGAGUGUUGUUCAGCUCCUCGGCCACCUACAGGGCUGAUGGGAAUGGGGAGGUCGACCUGGAGAGAGACCCCUCGCUCAGCGGGAGCUAUGUCGGCGUCGAACCCAUGGGCCUGCUGUGGUCGAUGAAGGCAGAGGCUUUGCACAAACGGUUUCUGAAGAUGAGUUCACUGAACCCCCACGUGGUGAAGUUCUCCGUGCACGAGGAGGAGGAAGGGGAGGGCAGGAUGCUGGCGGAGGCGACCAAUGAGAGGUUUCUGAUUGGAGAUGGAGUCAGCCGGCUUCCCGUCAAAGAGGGGAACAUUCGGGGAGUCCUGUUUACUCCUCCAGGUGAAGGUCCAUUCCCAGCUGUGUUGGAUCUGUACACUUUGGGUGGAGGUCUGUCUGAGAAAAGGGCCGCUCUGCUGGCCAGUCGAGGAUUCAUGGUUCUGACUAUCGCGCUGUACGGUCACGAUGACAUGCCGAAGAACAUCAGAGAGGUCCAUCUGGAUUAUUUUGAGGAGGCAAUAGAGUUUUUAAAAAGACAAGAUAAGGUGGGCAGCGAAGGAGUCGGUGUAAUAUCACUUUCAAAAAGUGGAGAUCUCGCUCUUUCAGUGGCGUCUUAUCUGUCAGGCGUUGAUGCCACAGUCUGGAUUAAUGGCUGCUGCGCCAAUACAGCUUUUCCUCUCUACUAUAAGAAGAGCAAGAUCCUCCCUCCAUUAAUGUUUGACAUCAGCAAGAUAAUUCCCACUGAGUCAGGGGCCGUCAUGGGCAAGUAUGCUCUUAAUAAUCCCCUGGCAGAGGAGAACAAAGACUGUCUGAUACCCGUCGAACAAGCCAAGGGACGUCUCCUCUUUGUCUCUUCAGAGGACGACCUCAACUGGGACAGCAAAGCUUACGUGGACGUGAUGGUGGAGCGACUGGGGCAUCACGGGAAGGACAACUUUGAGAGCGUGUCUUACCCCGGAGCAGGACAUUACCUGGAGCCACCCUAUGGUCCCUACUGCCCCUCAAGUUUGCAUGGUCUUGUGGGUAAACCACUCCUUUGGGGGGGUGAGCCCAAAUCCCACGCAGCAGCUGAAGUCCACAUGUGGAAGAAGGUCCAGGAGUUUUUCAGAGCACACCUGAGAUGUGAUAGCGCACAGACAAAAGCCAAAUUAUAGAUAGAAAUAUUACGAUAUCCUGGCUGCCAGUUAACAUUAAUUAUUACACAGCUUUGUUGAAUACUUGAUUCUGAUGGCCUGUUUUGUAUAGCAGGCCGGUGAAACAGAUUUCUUUAUUAAGUAGCAAUGUACUUAGAUUGUUGUGUAAUAAAUCCUGACAGGAUGAUGCAGGUCUGACAACAACAAGCUACGCUUUAUGUUUUGUCAUGAAGAGAAUGAUUUAAUGUCUGAUUGGCUAAUCACAACCUGAUGCAGAGUUGUUACUCUCCUCAACACUGAGAAAACAUGCCAAGAUUAUUUUGCAUUAGUUGGGAUAAUUGGCCUGUUAAAGCUAUCAGCAGUCUCAGGAGUAGGACCACACCUCAACUGUGCCACUUCAGACAAAGCUAUAACCUUUCCUCCUCUAUCACUCUUGUAUUCUGUAUCUCUCUCACCCAUCCCAUUUCUUUCUCCUCUUUCUGCCUCUCCAUGCGGUCCUAAAGGGGUUUCCAUUGUGCCCUGGUGUUUCGGCAGAUUCCCCACUAAAGCUUCCCCACAACGCAGAAACAGGCUGACGAAGGGUUCAGGCUUCAUUCAAAAUCUUAUGGUGUGGUCGCUGCUAAAAACUUCAACUGCAAAUGGAAAAUUAUCAAACAGGAACACAAGACAACAAACACACAGUGUCUAACGUGUGGAUCAUCAGGGUGCCUGCAGCAUGUCGGAGCACAGUGGCACUCCAUGGACACCAGAGGGAGUCUGCCAAGUACUGCAGCUCAGGUAGACUGCUACAUUUGAGGGGAAGGAGCCUUCACAGAUAGUGUCCUCUCUCUUUCAAAGAAAUAAUGUUUACACUGUUUAACACACUGUCUAUCUUGUAAACUGUCUAUUAACGGGACUGUGAUUAUAAAACUGUAAUUUUAUAUUUGUACCAGAAGUUUUUUUUGUUUGUUUUCACAAGAUGACGUCAUGAAGUGUGGAGUACCUCAAUCAUUCAGUGCAGCUUCUUGUAAUAAAAGACUAAUAUAAAUAAAA